UUUGAUCGUUGACGUUAGUAUUGAUGACAGUGGGAAUUGUAAAUGAGCGAAUGAGAUGAGAUGAGUCUUCUUGCGUUUAUCUGAAGCAGUAGUGGGAUUUCUAGUGAUUUUCUUAGCUUUUGUGAUUUUCAAAAACCAAAAAUAAAAAUGGAGUGGAUGAUACCUGUUAAUGAAAUGUUAUGUGACAAAAUUACAAAAUUAAACUCUACACUAAUACCUCCUGGAUUUCAUGGAGAUGUUCGAGGCGUAAGGAUAAUGCAAGAAAGCUUGUCCAAGGUGAUUGACAUAUUGGGAGAGCAGUCAGCUACUGCACAAGGCCUCAAUAGAGUCAUCACUACUGCUGAGAAGCUGCGCAAUUCCCCAACACAUAUUUUGUAUUUACUCAAAGAUGCCAAAGCUAAAGGUGGCAAGGGCGAGGUGAUAGCUCUGUUGAAGGUGGGCCGCAAGCACCUGUUUCUUUUCGACGAGAAGGACAAAGUGUGCGAGGUGGAACCGCUUUGCGUGCUCGAUUUCUUCGUGCUGCGUGACCGACAGCGGCACGGUUACGGCAAGCUGUUAUUCGAUCACAUGCUCCAGGACAUGGAAGUAUCAGCCCAGGAGUUGGCUAUAGACGGUCCGUCGCCUAAGAUGGAACAGUUCCUCAAGAAGAACUACAACGUUGAACGACUCCUACGGCAGAACAACAAUUUUGCUGUAUCGCCACAGUUCUUUGGUGCUGUGCCUGAGAUGAAUAAGUCCGGUCGUUCGACGCCGGCUGUGACUCCUCAAGUCGGCCGCUUCGCUGCUCCGAAACCACCUUCAGCCAUCGCCAAUGUGAUACACGGAGGCGCCAGCGCUUGCCAGGAGACGAGCAAUGGGUUUAGCCCGUCAGAUGGUGUUAGCCCUGAGGCGACCGAAGUCGAACCAGUUGCUGAGAAUGUUCUAGAAACAGCUCCAAAGGAGACCGAGGCAGAUAUAGCGGAAAAUCAAAAGAGUCCCGAGAGGCCUUGCACUCUUCAGGUGGAGCCGGUACUGGAGGCCUCGCCCUCCGCUGCACUCUCACCCGCGGGGUCGACGACCUCCCGCCGCGACUCGCAACUCACCGACCGCGGUUACUUCGACGUCAAGUUCUAUCACAACAAGCUGUGGUAGAAACUCACCAGUCGUUAUAUAAUCUGUUGCCGCUUCUAUUUGUUCGUUUGGCCUAGUUGUUAUUUUAUGUUUGUUUCAGCGUAUAGUUGUAAACAAUUAUUAAUUAUAAUUAUAACAAAGUUCUAGUCUUUAUAGACUAUAAAACAUUCCGUAAGCAUUUAUAAUGUAGCCUCGUGAAGAUGUUUAGAUGUUUGCACACGUUUAUAAUAAUAUAUUUAGAUAAUAGAUGUUUAUCAAAAACUGUGGGAUCGAUGUAUUCGCAUAGAGAUUUAUAUUACUGUAAUUGGAAACAAAAAAAAGGGUGACGGUGGAUUAUUUUGAAGGACCGCCGCUAACCAUUUAUCAAACUUUUAAGUCGAAAAAUAAUAAACGUUGAACUUUAAGAAACAUGUUCUGCCAAAAUCAGCCACAAUUAUGUUUAGUACACACAAGUUUUGUUGUGUAAUAAAAAAAAAAUACUUCCAAAUAUUCUAAUAUUAAAAACCUAUUUUGAUCGUAUUUGAUAACGAUUUGCCGUCCUGAACAAUUUUUGCCCUCUUUUUGGUCUUUUACAGAUUGUAAUUAAACGAUAUAACUGUUACAGUUUUCACUAUACGCAGUGAACUUUUUUCAAUGAAUAUUAAAAUUUUGCACAAUAAUACUCAUAACAAACAAAAGCAUUGCUAUCGUUAAGUUUAUUGUUGUCAGUAUAACCUUAUUGGACUCUCGAUUAAAACAUAAAGAUGUCUAUAUUUUUGUCUCUAUCUCUGUCACAUGUAGGCGUUUCUAUAGAAAAAACACAUGUACCUACUUUUUCUCACAUAGUCAUUUGUCUCUCAUCUCCUCGUAUUAAAAUAUUUAAGGGGAAACGUUUAAAAUAACUUAAAUAUAGUGUUUAAAUCUAGUUUGCAUGUUAUUAAAGUUCUUUAUCUUGGAUCAGUAUAAAUGUUUUGAUUGUAAUUCUUUUCAUUCAUAUUAAAACUUUGCUUAAUA